GUCCACGGUGCAAUCAAUACAUUUUGGCGGAUAUUAUUGACCCUUGUAUUAAUCCUGCCAAUAAACCAAAAGCUAACCUAUUUUUUGUAUUUCAUCCGGACUGCAAUUGGGAGGAAAAGGUCAAAGGGUUAAGUCAACCUAUUGAACAAGAUACAUAACAGAAGUUCACAGCUCUCUCAUUGCUCAUUCUUUGUUUCAAAAACAUCAAAAAUGCAGGAAGCACCUCGAGUACCUCUGACAGGGCGGAGUCGUCACUACAGCAGUGUAGAAGACGUUCCAGAAGAUAUACGCAAAUACUGGCAACAACGCUACUCCAUCUUCUCGUGGUACGACUACGACGUCCGCCUGACGCACGACGCCUGGUUCGGCGUGACGCCCGAGCCCGUCGCGAACCAGAUCGCGCAGGACAUGACGGCGUCAGGCACCAAGACGACCGUCGUGGACCUGUUCGCCGGCGCCGGCGGCAACGCCAUCGCCUUUGCGCUGGCCGGCUCCUUUGACCGCGUCAUCGCCAUAGAGCGCGACGCCGACACCCUGGCCUGCGCCCAGCACAACGCAGAGGUCUACGGGUGCGGCGAGUGGAUCACCUGGGUCCACGGCGACUGUUUUGACUUUCUCGCCGCCCAGAAGAAAGGCAAGGGCAACAACUCUGCUUCUUCUUUACCCGAUAACCUGAGGAUAGACCCCAAGACGACCAAGAUAUUCGCCUCGCCGCCCUGGGGAGGCGUCGACUACGGCCAGCAGGACGUCUUUGACCUCUCUACCAUGCAGCCCUACAACCUUGACAAGAUCCACGCUGCGUGCAAGGCAUAUGAUCACGCCCUCUACCUCCCGCGGACUAGCGACCUGCGGCAGAUCUCAAAGUGUGUCCCGGGCGGCGAGAAGAUUGACGUUGUGCAGUACUGCAUGGCCGGCGCGAGCAAGGCUUUGGUUGCCUACAUUCCCGGUGCUCAUAGCUGAUGCUGUCGUUUCUUCUCUGGGUCCCUCAACUUGGCUCCAAAUCAACAAGAAAUUUUAUAUAUCUAGACGGACGCCGAAAAACGUGAUAAAAUAAUAAUAUUCGUUCCAUUCACGCAAACGCUAAUCGCCGACACCCAAAACCUACAAGGCCCUGACGAUACUCCUCUCAUCAAACAAGUCCUUCAACAGUCCCUUCACACACCCUUUCCAGUCCAACGGACCCAUUGCAUACGUCGACUCGAAGGCAUAAAUGCUCAACUGUCCAAAGAAAGGCCGAAGGAUUUUGGCCACGAGCUCAUCCCGCCUCUCCAGGCUGACCUCAUCACUAAUACCACCAGGACCCAACAUCGGCCUCCGCCGCUCACCGGUAGCGACAUCUACGAGAUCUGCCACGCCGGCCAUCCCGCUGGAUCCCAGCUCCUCUGACAACUCGUCCACGAGAGCGACUGGCUGGUAGUGCGCCGAUCCGGGUCUGUGGACCGCGUCGAUUGUGUCGGUGACAAACAACCACUCGUGCAGUUGGAAGUCGUCAGGGGCCACGCAGAUCAGCAAGUCCAGCAGCUUGCAUGCCUGCAGGACGCUUGCGUUGUUGUACGUGUCGCUGGCUGCACUGUGAUCCGGAGUUGCCACGCUCGACAUGGCUGCGUGCAGUUCCGCGUUGAUGAUGGGCCAUAGCGGUGCCAAGUGUACAGCGCUUGUCUUGAGCACGAGUGCCCGCACCACCAUAAACAACUCCGCUCUCGUCGUGGAUGACGGAGAUGACGUGGCCGUUGCCCCUAGAAGCUCUACCAUCUUGUCCAAGAUCAAACCGACCUCCGUUACGAACGUGUCCGCCGCCGAAGCGAGGAUGAGAGUCGCGAUCCGCCGGAGGUUGAGCUGCGUCUUCCGAUCCGAUUCCAGCCGAGCCGAAGUUGCACCGACACCGAACACUAUUCCGGCAGUCGUGGGUGGAGCAAUGCGUCCAACGAUCUCAGGCAUCCUGUCCUUGUCACUCAAGGUCCACUGCCGUAAUAGGGGAAGCCAGUCGCUCUGCACCAGGGCCAGCGGGGAGGCAAAGAACCUCGGGUCGUUGAACGCGUCGGCCACAUCUUUCUUCCAAGUCUUUUGAUUGUUGGGCAACCUGGCGAGUUCUUGCAACAGUAUCAAUGUGCUCUUGGUCACAGUGUCUGGGAACGAUUUGGAUCUCAAACUAGGCCCAAUGACGUUUGUGGAAAUCGAGGCGGCCGCCGUCAGCACCCUGUCGGAUUCCAUCAGGAUCUUGUGAAGGCUUGGCACAAUUGAGGUCAAAACCUCCACCACAUCUUCAGCCCUUUCGUAUGGGCCCUUGGGAGGUGCAGGCUUCUGCGGGAACUCGGGAGCCCUUGACUUUUCCGGUGAACUGAGCUCGGUAAAUGUCAUCGGCCUGGUGGUGAAGAGAGCCGUAAGUAGACGAAGGAACAGAUCCUGUAAUCAAGUCAGUUAAGUGUUUCAGGACACCGAAUCGAUAGGAUAGAAUCUGCGAACAAAGAAUGAAGAUACUCACCCCAAGCUCCCUCCGCAUC